GGCAGCGGAUUUGCUAGCAGACUUGAAGUCAGAAACUAUGUCAAGAAAGCACAAGGAGUCAUUAUGCUUAGUUUGGUUUGUGAAUUCUAUUCUUUGGGCAAGGGAUGUAAAGAAUAAUAUAGAACUUGGUUUGAUUAAACUGUCGGAGGAUCAUGAGGCAUUCAAUAACUAUCCAUGGGGUCAUAAAAGUUUUAAGUUGACUGUUGAAUAUUUGUGCAAAGCUUUGAACCCUAAUGUGAAGACUUCCAACAUCUAUGGCUUCCCUUGGGCCUUCAUGGCUUGGGCAUUUGAAGCCAUUCCUCACCUACGGAGUCAAGUCAGGGACUACUCAGAAGAAGUUUGUUUUCCAAGGAUCCUCAGAUGGUUGACUACCAAAAACAGCAACAAAAAAAUGAAUCUUGAUCCUUUUAACCCCCCCCCCCCCAAGGAAGCAGAAAGUCAGAAUCUGUUGGAAAAUAUCCCUGAAUAGUUUUAUAAGAAG